AUGGUCUCAAAUUCUGCAGCCCUGACCCCAGGCCUGUCAUCGUUCCUCAAGUCCCUGAAAACCACGCCGAUCGAAACGUCGAUUGACAAUCUAGUCUCUUUGUUGAAACGCCGCCAGAUUCGCCUAUCGCGGUCAUGCGCAAUAGCAACUGCCUACCUGCUCCUCCGCGUCGUCUCUGCCUUUCGCACCACCGAUGCUGCAAAACUGAUCGAACGAGUCCAGAGUGUCGGCAGACGGUUGAUGGUCGCCCAGCCGAGGGAAUUAGUGGUUGGAAACAUAGUCAGACGAGUGCUGGGCCUGAUCAGAGAUGAGGCAGAGGAUGAGAGGGAGGCUGAUUUGUUCAUGGCCAGCGAAGCAGAAUCGGACAGUCGCCCACUCACUCCUGGUGAGAGCCAUUCACCACCGCGUUCGCAUGCAGGACUUGUAGGAGACGACCACAUCAUCCCCGUGCACGACAAGGAUUCGCUGUAUGUCCGCCAUGAGGGCUCGGAAAGGUCUUCGUCACGACCGCCUCUGUCGUCUGCCCCCGUGCAGACACCCCCCGUCAUCUCCAUGUUUAGUCUGCUCCAGCACCCAGAGGUAGCAUCGCCUCAGCCUAGCUCGCCUGGCACCGCCUCUCCGUCAGGAAGAUUUCAAGGACAAGGGCAGCACAAGGACAUCCGUGCUGAGGUGCUGGACGGCAUCGGCGAGAUUAUUGACGAGCUGGGCCAGGUGGACGACCAGAUUGCAGGAUAUGCUCUGGAACAUAUCCACUCGAACGAAGUCAUCCUUACCUACACUUCCUCAGCCACAGUCCAGAAAUUCCUCCUGAAAGCUGCAGCAAAGAGAAAAUUCACAGUCAUCCACGCCGAAUCCUACCCAAACAAUCAUGAUGCAACUCAUAGCCGCGUCAGUGGCAGCUCCGAAAACGACGAAGAGAACCUCAACGUGGAUUCUUUCCAGAAACCCUUGACUGCACUGGGCAUCACAGUCAUUCUGAUCCCAGACUCUGCGGUCUUUGCCAUCAUGUCUCGCGUCAACAAGGUCAUUCUAGGAACGCACUCAGUCCUUGCAAACGGCGGUCUUAUCGCCGCUGCAGGCACGAGGGUGAUUGCCAGAGCGGCCAAAGUUCACGAAACCCCCGUGGUGGUUGUCAGCGGCGUGUACAAACUAAGCCCCGUUUAUCCGUUUGAUACCGAGUCACUUAUCGAGUACGGAGAUGCAAGCAAUGUAAUUGCAUACGAGGAUGGUGAUUUGGUCGACAAGGUCGAUGUUGAGAAUCCCUUGUAUGACUAUGUGCCGGCCGAACUGGUGGAUCUUUACAUUACCAACUUGGGAGGCCAUGCUCCUUCAUACCUUUACCGUAUCGUUUCGGAUCAUUACCGAAAGGAGGAUAUCUCCUUCUAG